CUCAAGGACAGGCCCCAGGAACCGGUGCUUUGCCGCUAAGUACAACACACAAAAUUAUGCCGCACCACUAGCACUAACGCUAAGGUUUAUUCCAUUGGUGGCACUUUGGAGUCAUGUGAGUAAACGAUACUGUGACGGACGUUGUGCCCCCUUUUGCAACUACGGCUUCAUCUAAAGGUAUGUUGACGCCUCCCUCGCGUAAACUUACAGGAUACAACUGAUGUGAUGAUAUUGUCACCAAGCUCGUCUGUUGCUAGUAGUGGAAGUGGUUUCUUCUUUACUUCCUAGAAAAUACAAAUAGCAGCACACCCCCGAGCCCGACCCUGUCGCCGCUUCGUCGUCGUCCGACUCGUCUUCGUCGGUUAAUAUCAUCAUGUUGGCCCUUCUGCACAAGGGUUCCGCCACCGCGAUCCGGGAGUUGGACCGGGUUCGCAAGGAAAACAAGGAGCUGCAGCUAGAAAACGCGCGGCUGAAGCUGGACGCGAAGUUGAAAGUUCUACUGGUGAACAACCACGCCAUCCGGGCGAUUUCGCACACCAACGAGGCCGACCUAAUCCGGAAAACGUUUGCCGCCUGGCAGAAAUUUUCCGCGCUGGCGAAGGCAAAGAGGCAACUGGUCACCUCGAAAACCGACUUUUUGCUCGUGGUAAGUAUCUAUAACUUUAUGUUGUUACUUCAAGACCAUUUGCAUUUUCAGGAUGGUUUGCGCGUAGGUGUAGAUGAUCCUAUUCGCACUGUAGGCCUGUAUGCUUUAUUUUCUGAUGAUAGAUGAAAUAAACUCAAACGAAAUCAAUAAAACAGCUCCAAGCUCCCCACCGGCGCGCGUUUCGCGCCUGGCGGCAGCACGUGCACCACAAGCGCCACGUGAAGUUUGAGCAGCUGAGGCGCAAAUACCGCGAGGAGACCGAAACCUACGAAACCAGAAUCGCCUCCUUGGAACAGGAAUUGACGGCGCAGACCGGGCCGGACAAGCGGCAGCUCACCCGGCAGGUCGAGGCGCUGGACCGUGAGCUAAGCGCGGUGAAGCGGGAGAAAUCUACGUUGGAAGAGGAGUUGAGCACGAAAAUUACCUCCCUCCAAUCCGAACGGCGCGCCAUGGAGAAGAAGGUCAAACUCGCCGCGGCGCUGGAGUCCGAGGCCGUGGAAGCGCAUUCCGAGGUGAGCCGGGAGCUGGACCGGCACCGGGCGUCGCUGGAGCUUUCCCGCCGCCGCUCCACCAUUUCCGACGGCUUCCUGGAGGCGCGGGUGGCGGAACUGGAAACGGAACUGAAACUAGCGGACCAAGUGGUCAAACGGCUGCAGCUCACCGGGGCCCGGAUCUUGCAGAUCACCCGGGACAAGCAGUUGAAAGUGCAGCUGUUCUCGCACUGGAAGAACUACGCAGCGCUGCACUUCUCUACUUCGGCACAGCAAGCAGAUGUUGAGGGAUACAAAGACAACAAGAAUUCUUAUCAGACCUCCACAGGCACGACACUAGAACGCAGCAGGAAUCACAGAGGCAGAAAUCGUACGGGACUCAGCAAGCGCACUCGCGAGCGGCGGCUGCCGGUGCGUUUCUCUGAAUACGAGCGCGUUGAGCAGGAGUUGCAGGAGACGAGAGACCUGUUGCACGACACACACACCCGGAUUCAGGAACUACAAAAGGAACUGGGGGAUGGCCCGCUGAAGGACCUGCAGCGUGCGGCCCAGUUCGGCGGGUCUUCGGCGCGGUACUGCGUGAAACGGUUCCUGGAAAAGUACGACCUGUCGGCGGUCAUUUUGGCGUUGUUCACGCGGGUGCUGCUCCUGCAAGAGGAAAAGAUGCGGGGGCCGGGUGGCGGUGCGGGCAUGAUGAACAGGAAAAAUGCUUCCGCAGCUUUAGGCAAUUAUAGUAGAGACGAGGGUCAACAUCUUCUGCAAAAUAACGGGAAGCUAAAGUGGAACGCCUCGACGACCGUGGGAAACAUGGCUUCCAACAGGGCUUUAGCGUUUCCUUUGGAGCAGGACAUUAUAUACCGUCACGGGAUCUUGGGGUAUAAUCAACAUCCUGAAUAUCAAACGCGAACAGCAGUUAGACAAGGAAAAUCGCAGAAGUUCAUCAAAAAUCGAGCACCCCCCUGUCCGGGGCUCCCGGGACAUAUAGUUGAUUUGUGUGGGCCCCAACCAUUUCGCAUUUCCCCCCUGCGGAGCCCGCCCCGCCAUGCGCUGCCGCUGGCAUGUGUGUCGUUUUGAGUUCUCACGCCUGCGCAUGUACGAGCCGAAGCGAUCCCAGCACUUGCUUAACAGUCUUGCUCCGAUUCAAAGACGCGCGUCUAUGAGAAAACAGCUCCACAGGGUUCGAAGGUGGUGCGCGUUUACAAUGAGUCGCAUUGUUCCGAAAACGUUGCCGGCCCCCAUUUCUUGUCCUGUCGCAGCGCGGAGCCCUUACAGUUUGCCACCUGAAUCGCUCGCGCAACCCGAAUAAUGUAGAGCAACGCCGCCACAUUCACCAGCAGAACCACCCAAAGCGCCAGGGGCAAACCAGCAAGCGCCCAGCCCGUUUCCCCGCCCCGGCCCGGCUGUCGAAAGCGCCGGGCAAAGGCGUGCCCGAAAGCGCCGCGGCCCUGUCGGAAAUCGCCGGCAGGGGCGACCGCGAUACCAGUGGCGUGGCCCGAUGCGGUGGGUGUUGCAUGUGCGGCCUCCGUCCGAUGGCCGGAGGCCCCCCGAACGUCUCGCCCCAGUUCUGGAAAGGUUCUGGCAGAUGCUGAAGCGCGCGGCCCUGAGCCCGCCUUCGCUGCGAUCGGAAGCGGUGCCUGGCGGCCGGGGCGGCGGCCGGUCCGAAGGGGGCAGCCUGGCGCGCCCCGGCGUGGCUCCGGGGCCGCCGGCGUUCUCUUUGGCCAAAAGCGAAAAGAGCUGCUUCCGCGGCCGCCGGGGGCCCCGGCCGGGCAGCCAAAGGGGCCCCCUUUUUCGCAAAAAAAAGCAACCCCAAAAAGCACCCCCCUUGGGAAGCCUUUCCCCCACCUAAAACUGAAGAAUUCCGCGCCCAAAAAAGCACCCCCCUAAAGCACCCCCCUGAGGGGCCCCCCGGCUUCGCCUUCGGACAGGAGCUCCUCCCGGUUUUCCCUUCUCGCCUUCUUUGUUUUAUUGCCCCCAUCCCCGCUAUAUUCCCAGGGCAAGCACGUCCCAAGACACCCAUGGCCGCGGGCUUUUGGAAGAAAGAACGGCGGGCCGCCUCGUCUUCGCAGCAAAUGCGGGCACACGGCCGCGCGCUUUUGAAUCUGCCAAAAACUUUCCAGAACAGGGGCGAGGCGUUCGGGGUGUCUUCGGCUACCGGACGGAGGCCACAUACGCAAAACGCAUCGCGCCGGCCCGCGCCACUGGUAUCGCGGCCGGCCUUGCCGGCGAAUUCCGACAGGGGCGUGGCGCCUUCGGGAGCGCACGUGGCCCGGCGCUGCCGGCAACCAGGCCGGGGCGGGGACACGGACUGGGCGGCUGCCCGUUUGCUCCUGCGGCUCUGGGUGGUUCUGCUGGUGGAUGUAAUGUCGCUGCUCUACAUUCUUCGAGCUGCGCAAAAGAUUCAGGCGACAAAGUGGAAGCGUUCUGCGCUGCGACAGGACAAAAAAUGGGGCCCCGGAACGUUUUCGGAACAAUGGCGCCGAUUUUAAACGCGCGCCACCUUCGAACGCCUUCGGGCUGUUCUUUCAUGAGCGCCUAUUUUUGAACCGGAGCAGGGUUCCAGAGCAAAUGUUGGAGGCGCUUCGGCUCGUACAUGCGCAGGCGUGAGAACUCAAAACGACACACAUGCCAGCGGCAGCGCAUGGCGGGGCGGGCUCCGCAGGGGGGAAAUGCGAAAUGGUUGGGGCCCACACAAAUCAACUAUAUGUCCCGGGAGCCCCGGACAGGGGGGUGCUCGAUUUUUGAUGAACUUCUGCGAUUUUCCUUGUCUAAAGCAGGUAGUCCACACUACAGCGUCCACGGAGAUUCCGGCGCGUCUCCCGGACAAAUUUUUAAUAGCUUGGACGAGGAUGAGGACUAUUUUUACAACCAAACAGAAACACCACCACUCCGCAGCACAACGCUAAUCCGUAACACCUCGACGGCGGCGGAAGCGCGCAUCAAAUGGCUGCUGAGACACUGGUCCAGGACGGGGUUGUUGGAGUCCCGGGGAGACCUGCACCAGAUUGUGCAGCGGCUGCGGAUCCGCGACAGCAACAUGGUGACGCAGGUCCUGCUGUUACUCCUCAAAUACCCGGAUCACGAGAGUCACCUGCAGCCGCUGGACGCGGUGGUGCGGCGGCUGGUUUGUGGGGAGGCCAAACCGGGGGAGUUUCUGGCCAAGUGUGUCUUCUUCAACACGGACCAUCUGGAUCAGGAGCACGCGUUGUUCGGUUUUUACGAUAGCAACGGAGCUGGUGCUUCUCCAGAAUCAGAGGAGUUCUUGGAAAACGGGGGAGACGAGGCCGAAGGUCGUAUUCGAGCAAGUCCAAGAGGUCCUCCGAACUAUAAUCGUACCAGACCCGCCCCGGAGGCCCGAAACCGAAUAAAAGGCGGCCCAACAUCAAGCGUUUUCAGUCCGCGAGACCGACGCACUGGGGUGGUGUCAAGCCAUGCGGGAGGGAAGGACUUUUACGACCGUUUGGUGCAGAAUGCGUACUCGUCCUUACAGAAAACUAGGUACGCCAUGUGGGACCUGGUGAAUGUGUGAAAACGCACGGGUCGUGCGCCACGAUGAAGGCGAACUCUCUGCUGGCGUUAUAAUAUCUUUGUCAAACUUCUAAGGGGCUCCACCAGCAGCGCUACUACAGCUGCCCCUACUGCGUUUUGACAAGUCAUCGAAGAUGCGUUUUGAUUCGUGUCGUGCUAUGUACUUAUGCUCGCGUUUCGAAUUGCAGUUGUACUCCUAGUAU